CGUAGUUCGACGAUCAUGUCCAAGAAGCAAGCACCGGCGACAGUCGAGGUCGAGGAGACGCCGGUCGAGACACCGGACGAGGCCAAAGGCUCCGGCAUCUUCACUUUUCCCGACGGCGGCAAGUAUGAUGGCGAGUUUGAGAGCUGCCAACAAGUCACGAUGCGCCACGGCCACGGAACCCACUGGAACGGGCCCGAAAAGUAUACGGGAACAUGGAGCAAGGACACCAUGGAUGGCAAAGGCGUCUAUUCGUUUGCAUCCGGAGCUGUGUACGAGGGGGAAUUCAAAGCCAAUUUGUUUUGUGGCAACGGCACGUACCGCUGGAGCGACGGCGCCACGUACGUUGGUCAGUGGCGCGAGAGCAAGAUGCACGGGAGCGGCUGCUACACGGACAAGGACGGCGUCGAGUGGCGCGGCACGUUCUUCAACGGGAAAUUUGACAAUGGGCGCGCGUUCCUGACACUGCGCUGAGCAUUGUAUGAAACACAUGUACACAUCAUAUAAAACAUCUGUUUUAAACACACCUCGGAAAGCUUGCCACUUGUUCCGUUGCAA